AUGGUGAACUACUGGCUGAUGAUCACUGCCGAGUUUGAGAACGUCGCCACUCUCCAGCCUCAGGGCGGUUGCGACGAUCCUUCUUUCACCUAUUUCUUCAAGGUUCCCUUUCAAACCUCCGGGGAGCUGACCGAUAAGGAAACUUGUGUUGCUUUGGAGAGAUCGGUUCAAAUUCCGGGUAGCAAGGGCACUGCUAAUCUUGUUCAGAAGUGCAAGUUUUGUGAGAGGGAAGGAACUGUGUCCUUGAUCCCGGGGAAAGGUAAACACUCACCCAGGAACUCAGUGAAGCUGGGAAGUAUACAGGAUUGAUGAUGUUCGAUUGCCGAGGUUACGAGCCUGUGGGAUUUCUCUUUGAGGGUGGAUGGAUGGUUGAAACAGUAAGUUCCAUUCUUUGACUUACUGUGCUGUCCCUUCUCCUAUUUCUGCU